CAAGCAAAGCAUACAAAGCAAGUCCUUAUACCAAGAAAACUUCUCAAAAGGCAUAAAUCAAAAGCAUUACUUUUAUGUGUCUUGCAAAAGCUCUCCCCAUCCUCUUUCUUCUAUCAAAAAGCAAAACCUCAAAAUAAUGGAAGACGAGGAAGACACGCCAUCACCCUUCUGGCUUCAAGCCACCGAUCGCCGCCGCAGCCGCCUCCGCAGCCAAGCCUUUUCUAUCUUCCUCAACUCUGGUGUCCUUCUCAUAAUCUUACUUGUCAUAGCUUUUGUUUUUGUGUUCAUUGUUGUCCCUUCAUUUAUUUCUUUCACUUCCCGGAUUUUUAGACCACAUUUGAUCAAGAAAAGCUGGGAUUACCUUAAUUUUGUUCUUGUCUUCUUUGCUAUAAUUUGUGGAUUUCUUGGUAAAAAUAACAACAAUAAUAGCAACUCUGAAAGUCCAAGCUAUCACAGCAUAUCAAGUGUACAACGAGAUGUGCAGAGAUCAUGUCCAUCAACACCUGCUCAUAGAUGGUAUGAUCAGAAUCAUGAUCGGCCGGCGGUGGCGCCUUAUAAUAGCUUGACUAGGUUAAGGAGCUUCAGUUCAUACCCAGAUCUCCGGCAAGAAUCCUUGUGGCUGACCAACGAUGAAAGGUGGCGAUUUUAUGAUGAUACCCAUCUUCAUAACUACAGGUUUUCAAGCUCAUCGGAUCAGCUCCAAGAUCAUCGCCCACAACAGCAGUAUCAGGCAAAAGAAGAACAAGAAGAAGAUCUUGUUACUAAAGAUAUAGCUGUUGAUAGUACUGUAAAGGAAGUUGUUUACACCCCACCACCUCCGUCUCCUCCUACUCAACCGCGGUCACCGCCAGCUCCACCACUUUCUCCGCAGCUGCCACCACCUAAGGCUAUGAGAAGAAAGGUGAAGAGAACGUAUCAAGAUCUGGGGCAUGAAAAGAGAGAAGAGAAGGGUUUGGAAGUUGAGAAAUCCUACAUAUCAUCAACUUAUCCAGCCCCGCCUCCGCCUCCACCUCCACCUCCACCGCCACCGGUUUUCAGCAGGAAUGAGAAGAGGAGAGGUAAAGAUCUCUUGACUCCACUGAGAAGAAGGAAAAAGAAGCAGAGACAAAAGAGUGUUGAAAAUCUUGAGAGCUUAUUCGACCCUCAUCAUCCUUCAUCUGUACCUUUCAUACCAUCACCAUCCCCACCGCCGCCUCCACCGCCGCCGCCACCUCCACCACCCCAUUUCUUCAAAAAUCUUUUCUCUUCCAAAAAAGGCAAAUUCAAGAAAGUCCAAUCAGUUCCACCACCACCCCCGCCGCCGCCUCCACCAGUUACUUCAUCCUCUCGCACCCGUGUGUCAAAAAUCGUAUCUCAAAAAGUCACACCAUCACUAGAAUCGCGUGCAUCAAGAACCAACACCACUCAAGUGGCAGCGUUCACAUCCCAUCAAGCUCCCAAAAUGGUUAAGACAGGAAACUCCAGCAGAGUGGAAGAGAAUGACGAAAGCGGCAAUGCAUCACCCUUGAUUCCAAUCCCGCCUCCACCUCCGCCGCCGCCUUUCAAAAUAAAGUCGUGGAAGUUUGUGCGCGAUGGCGACUAUGUUAGAGUGGCAAGUUUUAACAGUUCGCGAAGUGGAUCUCCAGAUUUGGAUAGUGAGGACCCAUCAGAUAAGGAAUCGAGUCCAAUGGCAAGAAAAGAAUUCGGUGGCGAUUCAAGAACGGCAUUGUUCUGUCCAAGUCCUGACGUGAACACAAAAGCUGAGAACUUCAUCGAAAGGUUCAGAGCUGGUUUGAAGCUGGAGAAGAUUAAUUCUGUGAAGGGAAGGUCAAAUCUUGGGCCAAGCCCUGAUACAGUUGAAGGAGAACGCCCAAGAUAGAUAUUUUUUUUAAUUAUUUAAUUAUUUUUUUUUAUUGAGGAAAUGUUUAUUUGAGUUGAUUGAGAUCUGUCACAAUGAUGAAAUUAAAUUAUAGAUUAGGAAUAUGGAAAUUCUUAUAAAAAUUAAACAUGAAGGAAUCAUAUUGGUUUUUAUUUUAUUUUAUUUUAUUGAUAAAUUUUGUUCAUAGAGUAA